AUGGGACACAUACACGAGGUCGACAUGCCGCCCUCGGGCAAGGAGCCGCACCCCGAGCUCGAGGAGGGCCAGGUGUUUGCGCACUCGGACCGCCUCAAGCGCUCCCUGUCCGCGCGGCAAGUGCAGAUGAUUGCCAUCGGCGGCACCAUUGGCACGGGUCUAUUUCUCGGCACGGGCAAGUCGCUGGCGACGGGCGGGCCGGCGUCGAUGCUCAUCUGCUAUGCCAUCAUCGGCGCCAUUGUCUUCGUCACGAUGCUGUGUCUUGGCGAGAUGGCGGCAUUCAUCCCCGUGGCCGGUAGCUUCUGCACGUACGUCGGCCGCUUUGUCGACGAUGCAUUCGGCUUCGCCUUGACCUGGAAUUACUGGUUCAACGAUGCCGUGUCGACCGCCUCCGAUCUGGUCGCGCUGCAGCUCAUUCUCAAGUACUGGACCGACAACUUUCCUGGGUGGGCCCUGAGUCUCAUCUUUUGGUUCGUGCUCAUCGGACUCAACAUUGUGACGGUGCGGGCGUAUGGUGAAGUGGAGUACUGGCUCAGCCUGCUCAAGGUUAUCACCAUUGUUGUUUUCAUCAUCAUGGGCAUCGUCGUGAAUGCUGGCGGCAACAUGGACCACCACUACAUCGGUGGCGAGAACUGGCAUAUCCCGGGCGCACCGUUUGUUGAUGGCAUUGGCGGCUUCGCCUCGGUGUUUGUGACGGCAUCGUUUGCGUACGGCGGAACCGAAUCCAUCGCCAUUACGGCUGGUGAGACCAAGAACCCGACGAAGAACAUGCCGCGCGUCGUGAAGAACGUGUUCUGGCGCAUCCUGCUCUUCUAUAUCCUGUCAAUCCUGCUCAUCGGACUCAAUGUGCCCUACACCUACCCCAACCUUUCGUCGAAGGAAACGACGACGUCGCCCUUUACCAUCGUGUUCCAAAUGACGGGCGCCAAGGCCGCCGGUAGCGUCAUUAACGCUGUCAUCCUGACUAGUGUCUUGUCGGCCGGCAACCACGCGCUUUUCGCGGGUGCACGUCUGCUGUUCACGCUCGGCGUGGAGGGUCACGCCCCGCGCGUUUUCAGCAAGCUCAAUCGCCACCAAGUGCCGUGGGUCGCAGUCCUCGCGACGAGCCUCAUCGCAGGCCUGUGCUUCGGCUCUAGCUUCAUCGGCGCGGGGCAGCUUUGGACCUGGUUGCAAAACCUUGUCGGAGUCUCGAACCAGCUCAGCUGGAUCUCCAUCGGCAUCGCCUCUCUGCGCUUCCGCGCUGCGCUCGAGCGCCAGGGCAAGACGCACCUCCUUCCGUUCAAGAACUGGACAUACCCGUGGGGACCGUGGAUCGCCGUCGUGCUCAACAGCUUCCUCGUCCUCGUGCAGGGCUGGAGCUGCUUCAGCCCGAAAUUCGACGCCGUCAGCUUCGUCAGCUUCUACAUUGAGCUGCCUGUCAUGCUCGUCAUGUUUGUGGCGUGGAAGCUGAUCAAGCGGACCAAGUUUGUGAGGCUGGAAGAGAUGGAUCUGGAAACAGAUGUCUAUCCGGCCGAGCCUGAGCUGGAGAAAGAGAAGGGGUGGCAAUCGAAACUGAAGAGCGCAGUGACAUGGGUGUUUUAG